UGCAGUGUCCCAACCUGGUCACAGUGAGGCUGGUGGGCGGACCGAUAGACGGACAAACACCGAGACGCAGCGACCACCCCAUCUACUACCGGUGCCGCGGUAGCUCUCUCCGCACCGCCGGUCCAGCCACCCCUCGCCUGGGUGCCCGCCGUGCCCGGCCCUAGACCUCCGGCUGCUCGGCGCCCCGGGUUCGCCAUGCGCUCCGCCGCUGUCCUGGCGCUUCUGCUCUGCGCGGGGCAAGUCAGCGCCCUCCCUGUGAAUAGCCCUGUGAAUAAGAGGGACACCGAGGUGAUGAAGUGCAUUGUCGAGGUCAUCUCCGACACGCUCUCCAAGCCCAGCCCGGUGCCUGUGAGCCAGGAGUGUUUUGAGACACUCCGAGGAGAUGAACGGAUCCUCUCAAUCCUGCGACACCAGAAUUUGCUGAAAGAGCUCCAAGACCUUGCUCUCCAAGGUGCCAAGGAGAGGGCACAGCAGCAGAAGAAACACAGCAGCUUUGAGGAGGAACUCUCGGAAGUUCUUGAGCAGCAGAACGACCAAGACGGGCCGAAGGAGGGGACGGAAGAGAUGUCCUCCAAGGAGGCCGCAGAGGAAACGGGGGACUCUAGCGAGGUGGAGAGGAAUGGCGGAGACGCGGACGGAGCCGGGCCCCCGGCCUCCCUGGAGCCUGGGCAGGGCUCCACGCUUGAGGAGGAUGACCAAGCCCCAGGGGAGGAGGAGGCUACCAACUCCCACCCCCCAGCCAGCCUCCCCAGCCAGAAAUAUCCAGGCCCGCAGGCUCAGGGGGACAGCGAGGCCCCCUCCCAGGGUCUAGUGAACACAGAAAAGGGCUUGGGUGCGGAGCAAGGGAAGCAGGCAAAGAGAGAGGAGGAGGAGGAGGAGGAGGAGGAGGAGGACCCAGAGGCUGAAGAGAAGGUUGUCUCUGAAGAAGAAGGCCCCACCGCAGCAUCUGACGCCCACCCGAGCCUCGGCUACAAGGAGGCCCCGAGGGGCGAGAGUCAAUCCAAGGCUCCGGCUGUGGAUGGAGGUGGGAAGACUGGGGCUGAGGAAACUCAGAAGGGAGAGCAGGAACAGUCCCUGCAGGAGGAGGAGGAGGAGGAGGAGGAGGAGGAGAUGGCAGGGGCCCCUCUAGGCCCCUUCCGGGGCGGGAAGAGCAGGGAGCAGGAGCAGGAGGAGCGGUUCUCCAAGGAGUGGGAGGAAGCCAAGCGAUGGAGCAAGAUGGACCAGCUGGCCAGAGAGCUGACAGCUGAGAAGCGGCUGGCCGGGGAGGACGUGGAGGACGACGACCCGGACCGCUCCAUGCAGCUCCCCUACCAGGCCCGGGGCUACGGCUUCAGGGGCACCAGGCUGCGAGGGUGGAGGCCGUCCCCCCAGGAGGACACCGUGGAGGCAGGCCUGCCCCUCCGGGGGCACAGCCACCCAGAGGAGAAGAAGGAGGAGGAAGGCAGCGCCAACCGCAGACCAGAGGACCAGGAGCUGGAGAGCCUGUCGGCCAUCGAGGCAGAGCUGGAGAAGGUGGCCCACCAGCUGCAGGCGCUGCGGCGGGGGUGAGACACCCGCUGGCCACCCCAAGGCACCCUGUGGUCCUGGCUCUGCUGUCCCCUUUACAGGGCCUGGCCGGCCACCUGUGCACUGCCUCCAGUAGGGAGGUGGCCCCAGCCUGCCCUUGCGCAGGCCACCCUGUUGCCCCCAUUGUCCUUUCCUCUCACUCUUGACCCCAGUGCACCCCAUUGUGGGGCGGACCCUACAACUUUAAACGAGGUCCCUCUCUCUGAACACGGGAAGCUUUCUAGUUUUCCUUCCACAUCAGAGCCAUUGGGCACAACUGCAAUAACUUCUGACUUUUUGGUGAAAACUGAGGACUCCUGACUGUAAUAUCUCCUGUGCACACUUUUAUCAAAGGAAAAAUAAAUCUUCUCUGGGCUCA